UAAUAGAAUGGAAUGGAAGUAGAUGAUGAAAGCUUAAAAUAAAAGUUGUGAGAAAGAGAAGCUUUGGAUUGACGCCAGAGCCCCAAAAAUGGUGAACUAUAUGCUUCAGAUCACCGCUGAGCUCGAGAACCUCACCGAUCUUCAGCCCCAAGGCGGCUGCGAUGACCCCAAUUUCUCCUACCUCUUCAAGCUGAAAUGUGGAAGAUGUGGAGAAGAGACCCAGAAAGAAACUUCUUUGACAUUGAAUGAGACUGUUCCUCUCCCUGUAGGCAAGGGCACAGCUCAUCUCAUUCAGAAGUGCAAGUUUUGCGGUAGGGAUGGAACUAUCACAAUGAUCCCAGGUCGCGGUCAACCGCUGACCAAUGAAGCUAGUGAGACAGGGAAAUUCACUCCCUUGAUGUUGUUUGACUGCAGAGGUUAUGAACCUUUGAACUACCUUUUUGUUGAUGGGUGGAAGGCUGCAUCUCUGGAGGGUACAAAAUUUGAUGAGAUAGACUUGUCAGCUGGGGAGUUUGCUGAGUAUGAUGAGAAGGGAGAGUGCCCAGUUAUGAUUUCCAAUCUCCGCUCAACUUUUGUUGUGGUGAAGUAACAAUACCAUUUGUGUUUGUGUUGGAGAGGAGAGGAGUAAAUCUAGCACAGAAUUCUGUAUAAACAUACGCUUGAGAUCAGACUGCUUUGGUAGCAGAAUAAUAGUAGCACAUUACUUGGGCUAUA